CGCUGAUGUGUUGCUUCUUCCAUUGGGUUUACAUGGUGAACUUUGGGCUUGUAUUUAGCUACAGUAUUCAUUUCUAAACAUGCAAUAACGGGAAACAAUAAGGCGACGAUUGUUUAAACGUGUGAAGGCUACCACAGAGAAACGGGAAGCAGCCGAGGACAUGGCGCCUAAAGGCAAGGUCGGCACGAAAGGCAAGAAGCAGAUCUACGAGGAGAACGAUGCGACUAUGAAAUUCUACACUCGAGUCAUUCUGGGAGCGAAUGCCAUAUAUGCGGGGAUAAACUUGCUACUCUUCUACAAUUCGUCUACAUUCUCGACAUGGCUGCUGCUGGUCUUUUCGCUGGCUGUGUAUGCCGCUAGCUACCGGUCCAUGGCAGCCAUGGCCAAGCCAGCCUUCGCUGAGGACGGGAGUUUGCUGGACGGAGGCAUCGACCUCAACAUGGAGCAGGGCAUGGCCGAGCACCUGAAAGAUGUGAUCCUCCUGACGGCCAUAGUGCAGGUCCUCAGCACCCUCUCCUCCUACUUCUGGUACAUCUGGCUGCUGGCCCCUGCUCGUGCGAUGCAGCUGCUGUGGGUGAACUUCCUGGGUCCAUGGUUUUCUGCGUCGUCUCCGUCGGCCCCUGAGGAGGUGAACGAGAAGAAACAGCGACGCCAGGAAAGACGACAGAUGAAGAAAUUCUGACCCCAUUCUUUUAUCAUUUCUUUCUUCUUCUUUUUUUUUUUUUUUUUUUUUUUUUUUAGAAAACCACAUGAUUAUCCACAGCCAACCAAGGACAGUUGAACUACAUUACUCUCAAACAAACGUCUGGGUUAAAAAGUGGUGUGAUCAAACAUGUCAUACACACACACACACACACUCACUCACUCACUCUCAGCCUCCUGUUCCAGUCCUGCCACUGUCUUGGUUUCUCUCCUGUUCACACUCUCUCUCUCUUCCCACCCCAUCUCACGCUCUCUUACAGCUGUAAAUUGCUCUUCUCUCUGAUACCACGUGGGGGCAGUAUACUUAUGACUCUACUCAGGGCUUCCUCACAAAGACUGAGCUGCAUGGUUGGCCUCUGUGAAGUCCAGUUGUACGAUUCAGCAGCUUAACUGUCUGUUUUAAUGGUGUGUUAGGUGGCAGAGUUCUAAACAGAUGCCCCUCCAUGCGGACGUCUGUGAGUUGGGGUCAGCUGCAUAGCAUGCUCCACAUCAGUGACGGGUGUCUCUCUUGACCGGGCUCAACUGUGUGACGUGUGUGUGUGUGGUGCUGGCAUGAGUUUAGUCAUUUUACAUGUUUACAGUACGACGGUGUUGAACACGCCGACUGUGAAGUCCUUUGAAACAGUGCAUCAAAUGUAAUGAUUUGAAGGUGCGGAUGUGGUACAGAGGUGUGUGUCUGUGUUUGAAAAGACAGUAAGGGUUAUUUUCCAAGGUCUCGAGCCCUUUAAAGCCAAGAUGUGAGACGCGAGAUGAUGUUGGUUGUUCUCUGAAACUCGGCAUGGCAAUAAAGAAUGACUGACUGUGUUGUGUGCUCGCUGCCACUUCAGUUGACUGUUAACUGUUUCACUUAACGGUUCACCCGUGGCUUGCGUGAACUCCUCGUCUGCUUGUAGAGUCUGUGUUUGGGUGGGGAGGAGAUGAGGGCUGGAGGGAGACUGGCUGUGUUCACACUGGAUGCACGGCUCUGGAGGGAGACUGGCUGUGUUCACACUGGAUGCACGGCUCUGGAUUUUCAUAUUGAAUAUUUCUGGCCCCUCGUCCGUUAGCUGUCCAAAUAUGGCUUUUUUUUCUGAAAUGCUAUAUGUGUGUCUGCCUGAAUAACGCUACUGCAGUGUCUUAAUGUACAUACGAAAUAAAUUUCAAUAUAAAACUCUAA